UUCGCUCCGCCCUAUUUCCCUCGUUUCCUUCCUUCAUUCAUCACUGCUGAACACCUCGUCCACAGGAACCAUGGUGCUCGAUCUAGACCUGUUUCGAACCGAUAAAGGCGGUGAUCCCGAAAUCGUUCGGGAAACGCAGAGGAAACGGUUUAAAGAUGUGUCGCUGGUGGAUAAACUCGUUCAGGCGGACACGGAGUGGAGAAAAUGUCGCUUUACGGCGGAUAACCUGAAUAAGGCCAAGAAUCUGUGCAGCAAAGCCAUCGGUGAAAAAAUGAAGAAAAAAGAGCCAGUUGGUGAUGAUGAGACUCUCCCAGAAGAAGCACAGAACUUGGAAGCCCUCACUGCAGACACACUAUCACCCCUCACGGUCACCCAGAUUAAGAAGGUACGGUUACUUGUAGAAGAAGCGGUGCAGAAGACAGACAGCGAUCGCUUAAAGCUGGAGGCGGAGCGCUUCGAGUACCUGAGAGAGAUCGGCAACCUUCUGCAUCCCUCUGUGCCCAUCAGCAACGAUGAGGAUGCUGAUAAUAAAGUGGAACGCACUUGGGGCGACUGCACGGUACAGAAGAAGUACUCCCAUGUGGACCUGGUGGUGAUGGUGGAUGGAUACGAAGGGGAAAAAGGAGCAAUUGUAGCUGGAAGCAGAGGAUAUUUCCUUAAGGGGCCUUUAGUUUUCUUGGAACAAGCGUUAAUUAACUUCGCAUUGCGGAUCCUGUACAGCAAGAACUACAACCUUCUCUACACACCCUUCUUCAUGAGGAAAGAAGUUAUGCAGGAGGUUGCCCAGCUAAGCCAGUUUGAUGAAGAGCUCUAUAAGGUGAUUGGUAAAGGGAGCGAGAAGUCGGACGACAACACAGUGGACGAGAAGUACUUGAUCGCCACGUCAGAACAGCCAAUCGCGGCCUUCCUGAGAGACGAGUGGCUAAAGCCAGAGGACCUUCCCAUCCGCUACGCCGGCCUCUCCACCUGCUUCAGACAGGAAGUGGGGUCUCACGGCAGAGACACCCGUGGCAUAUUCAGAGUCCACCAGUUUGAGAAGAUCGAGCAGUUUGUAUACUCCUCUCCUUACGACAAUAAAUCCUGGGAGAUGUUCGAUGAGAUGAUCGGUACUGCUGAAGGUUUUUAUCAGGCGUUAGGAAUUCCCUACCGCAUCGUGAACAUUGUGUCAGGUGCAUUGAACCAUGCAGCUAGUAAGAAGCUGGAUUUGGAGGCUUGGUUCCCAGGGUCUCAGGCAUUCAGAGAGCUUGUGUCCUGCUCAAACUGCACAGAUUACCAGGCUCGCCGCUUGCGUAUUCGAUAUGGCCAGACCAAGAAGAUGAUGGACAAGACCGAGUUCGUCCACAUGCUCAACGCAACUAUGUGCGCGACCACACGUGUCAUCUGUGCCAUCCUGGAGAACUUCCAGACAGAGGAAGGCAUCCUUAUUCCGGAAGCUCUCAAGGACUUCAUGCCACCAGGUUUAACAGAAAUUAUCAAGUUUGUGAAGCCGGCUCCCAUUGACGUGGAGGCAACCAAGAAGCAGAAGAAACAACAGGAAGGAGGAAAGAAGAAAAAACAGGGCGGAGAUGCCGAUCUACAAAACAAAGUGGAGAACAUGUCAGUCAACGACUCUUAGACCCACCCUACAAGCCUGGCCAAUCAUAAUGGCUCUUCACAAACCUGCAUUUUUGUGUCCUCUUCUAUGCUAAUAAAGCCAUCACUUCAUUUUAUCUACAUCGUCUCCCUUGCUUCAGUUCCCUUCUGCUCAGACAGUUCAGGGUUCUGUUGUGGUGCUGGCGGUCCAUUUAUGAUUUUAUCUGAAAGACUUUUCAAAUCAGUUUCCUACAAAGAGGGUCGUUGGAUUAUUUAAUUUGAAUGCAUGGUGUUGUGACAGAUAUUUAGACCAAAAUGCCUUUAAUGGCGCUGUUAUUUCCUGAGGCAUUGUUUAAUUGAAACGUGUAAAGAUGAAAGGGAACGUGCAUGGGUUUAACAGUUAAUACUACGAUAUACUGCAACAAUAAUGCAUUAGAGGAGGGUAUUAAAAACACAAGUCAGAAUGAAAACCUGUAUGUCCUUGUCUUACAAAUAAUAUUAGCGCUAUUGUUAAGUAUGUAAAGACAUAAUUAUUGUUCUAUAGGCACUCACUGUUCACAUUGUUACAAACCUUAAAGUGAUCUAGGACGAGCAGUUACGAUUAAACUUCUGUCAUUCACUGCAUCUGUUUCUUGUGAUUUGUCUGUAAAACAGGGAAUGUGAUUAUACUGUAUGUACAGUAUCUGCUUAAGAUGCCUGGUGUGAGGUGUCAGUAUGAUUUGCGAAUAAAUACCUAAAAAUAC